GGUGCCGUUCCUGCACUUGUUGAGCUCGCCCGUGACUGCAGACUACACGCAGCUCUUGCAGUAUGUCCGAGCUGCCUUCGACAGCUAUACGCCGUCGUCGAUGACCUGCUGAGCAUGAUCGUGAAAGUGCAAGACUAGCCGUGUCACAGACGCCGAUCGUGCCGUAGCACUGCGCAAUGCACGUCUCAAACUUAUACCCUUGCCUAUACCACUCGCCACCCUUGUCAGGCUCACGUUCCUGCUUGGAAUCCGAAUGGGUCGUCUGACUGGGCGACUUUUCGUUGGAUUCACGACAUGUCUAAUAUGCUUCAUCGCGUAUUCCCCGCAGAUAUUCAUCAUAUGGCCCUGGUAUGGCCGUGAGCUCUCAGUAGAGCUACUUGCUUUACUAUUACCGUUCAAUGCACUUGUUGGUAUGCUUCUCUGGAACUACUACUUGUGUGCAGUGACGGAUCCGGGUCGAGUACCCAAGGCAUGGCAACCAGAUGCUCGGGACAUGGAUGGCAUCGAAGUGAAGAAAUUGACGAAGGGCCCGAGGUACUGUCGAACUUGUGAAAGCUACAAACCUCCCCGUGCCCACCAUUGCAGGCAGUGUAAACGCUGUGUUCUGAGGAUGGACCAUCACUGUCCAUGGGUUAACAACUGCGUCGGUCAUUUCAACUACGGACACUUCAUUCGUUUUCUAUUCUAUGUGGUUUUGGCGUGCAUUUAUCACUUUGCAAUGGUGACGAGACGCGUGCUUUAUUACACAAGCGGUCUUUUCUGGGACGAACCUUCUGCGGAAGAACUUAUAUUUAUCAUCUUAAAUUAUGCUACCUGUAUACCAGUGCUUUUGGCCGUUGGAGGUUUCAGCAUAUACCACUUCUACUCCCUUAUGGGAAAUACCACUACUAUAGAAGGAUGGGAGAAGGACAAAGCAGCCACUCUCCUACGUAGAGGCAAAAUUCGGGAGGUCAAAUUUCCAUAUAAUCUAGGUGUCCGUCGCAAUAUCGAGUCCAUUCUUGGCAAGAAUCCUUUGUUUUGGUGCUGGCCAACAGUACCACCAGGGACAGGAUUGAAAUACCCAUUAGCUGAGGGACAUAGUGAGUGGAUUGAACUCUAUAAGUCUGGGAGUGAAGGACCCGGAGAUAUGUACGCUCGAGCCGAUCAUUUCGACGAGCCAUAAUCUGCUAUUCAAAUGGCGGUCCAGAGUACUGCAUUUUACCAUUAAGCCACUUCUUUUUCUCAUCUUUUUCCUUCUCACAUGCCGUGUCAUAUACCAACUGAAUCUUCCUUCACAGCAUCUGACGACGAGUCCUGGCCGCCCAAAGACCCAAAUGCCUACGUCUACCCCGACGCAGACCCCAACUACGUCUUCAAACUUCCCGAAAGUCCAUGGACGUAUGAGAAUGGUUCCCUCAAUCCCGCUUUACAACCGUCCAGCAUCCGACAACGGCGGAACAAGCCCAAACCCAAUGGUACUGUUGCGAACGUACCGCCAUACCACUCCGACUAUGUUCCACCAGGUGAAGAAGAAGAUGACGACGACAAUUAUGCAGUUGAAUCAUCUUCUGAGGACGAAGAUGAGGUGCUGGCGCCAGCGAGGCAGCUGGUUCGACGAGGCUCUGAAGGGUACGAGGUCAAAGCGAUAGAUCGGGAGCAGAUGCUUCGACAGUUUAUUGAGGAGAGGACGGAGGAGCCAGGGAGGUAUCAUCUGUAUGUUCCCGAGCCGCCAAGCGAAAGCGAAAGCGAGGAAGAGGACGAAGAUGUCCCGCUUGUGAGUAGGAUAGCGGACGAGAAGGUUGGCGAGCUUACCUCGUAAUCCAUACGGUCGGACAUUCGUUUGGACAUUAACUUAAACAUGGUACAUGUAGUUUGCAAGCAUUUGGAUAUGCAAUACAUAAUACAUCAAUGUAC